UCCAACGGAAGUGUAAAUCCGCAUGGCUUUCUCCUGAAGCUUGUUGUAGAUAUACAAACGCCUCACGCCAGACUUCUUUGUGACAACAUCUCCCACUCCUACGCAUCAGUAAUGUAGGAGGAAGCAAUGGCUGUGCGGAUGCAAGGUCUUCGCUUGCUGCUUCACUGCAACCCUUUCGAAUCCCAUCAGCAACUUUAGUGACCUGAUCAAAAUGUUCCGGGUGCAACAUGACCGGCGGAACGUUUAAAUGGGGAUGCUUGCACUCCACCCGGGUCAGAAUGCCGUGAGGGACAGGCGCGCUGCACUAUGGCGUUCAGUUUGGGCGGUGGGAGCUCCGGAACCACUGGAUUUUCUUUUGGUUCUUUUGGUGCCAAAACCACGGCACAGCCCAGUUUUGGUUUCGGAACCACCACCACAACAGCUGCUUCAGGAUUUGGAGGUUUUGGCACAUUUGGGACCGCUACCACCACCAGUGGGCAAACAGCAGGAUUUCCUUUUGGAGCAUCAACAGGUUUUGGUGGGCUUGGAGCUGCUACAGCCAGUAGCUUUAAUUUUGGGGGUUUCGGACUAAACGCUAACACUGCAAUUGGCUUAAAUAUCGGAAGUUUUGGUGCAGCUACAACCACAGCUUUUGGUUUUGGUAGUGGUGGCUUGGCUGGCACAGGUGGUUUUGGAGGGUUUGGCACAACCACGACAGCUGCUCCUGCUUUCAAUUUCUCAGCAACACCUGCCAAUACAGGGGUAACAGGCCUUUUCCAGAACACAGCGAAUAAAGGCUUUGGGUUUGGUGGUGGUUUUGGCACGGGUACUGGCACAGGUCUGACAACCGGCUUAGCAGCUGGCUCCACAUUUGGAGGGUUUGGUGGCUUUGGUACUCAGCAACAGCAGCAAGUUGGAGGACUCCUUGGACAGGCGAUACAGCCUCCGACACAGUCAGCUCAACUGAUCAACACAGCAAGCGCCCUUUCUGCACCAACUCUACUGGGGGAUGAGCGCGAUGCUAUUUUGGCAAAGUGGAACCAGCUACAGGCAUUCUGGGGAACGGGGAAAGGUUACUUUCACAAUAAUCUGGCUCCUGUCGAGUUCACUCAAGAAAACCCUUUCUGUCGGUUUAAGACUGUUGGUUUCAGCUGCAUACCCAGUAAUAAGGAUGAGGAUGGACUAGUAGCUUUGGCUUUUAACAAAAAAGAGGCUGACAUUCGAAACCAGCAACAAUUGAUCGUAGAAUCUUUGCACAAAAUUCUCGGAGGGUUGCCCCAAAUCAUGGUGAAUGUUGAAGGAAUCCGAGCACUGCCUGAUGACCAAACAGAAAUGGUGAUCUAUGUCGUUGAACGUUUUCCAAAUGGGAAUUCCAGAAGAGUUUCAGUGACAAACCUCUACAGCUCGCUGGAGCAAGCUACCGUAAAGAGUCAUCUGAUGCAGUUAGGAGUGAUUGUCACACUGCCCAGGACAGAACUUUCUCCAGCUCAGAUGAAGCAACUUUUACAGAAUCCUCCUGCUGGCGUUGAUCCAAUAAUUUGGGAGCAGGCUAAAGUUGACAAUCCUGAUCCUGAAAAGCUUAUACCAGUGCCCAUGGUUGGUUUUAAGGAAUUGCUGAGGAGGCUUAAGUUCCAGGAACAGAUGACAAAACAGCAUCAAAGCAGAUUGGAUAUUAUAUCUGAGGAUGUAAAUGAGCUGCAGAAGAACCAGGCUACGACUGUAGCGAAGAUAGCCCAGUACAAGCGAAAACUGAUGGACCAAGCUCAUAAAGUCUUGCAAGUGCUAAUAAAGCAAGAGAUCCAGAGGAAAGCAGGCUAUGCAAUACAAGCAGAAGAAGAACAGCUUCGUGUGCAGCUAGAUACUAUCCAAAGUGAGCUAAAUGCACCCACCCAGUUUAAGGGCCGUUUGAACGAACUGAUGUCUCAGAUAAGAAUGCAGAAUCAUGUUGGAGCUGUCAGAUCAGAAGAGAGGUACAGUGUCGAUGGCGAUCUCUUGGGCGAAAUCAAGCAGCACCUGAAGUUGCAGCAGGAAGGUCUGACUCAUUUGAUCAGUGUCCUGAAGGAAGACUUGGAGGAUGUGAAGCUAAUUGAGCAGGGCCUUAAUGAGAGUGUUCAUGUUCGCCGUGACCUUUUCAGUUGAUGGCCUUUCUGGAAUAUCACUGUGGUUAAGGCUUUUCUUCCCUCCUAACCAAACUGUUUCCGGGUCUGUCCCACCUGCACAAAUGAUUUAGCACCUCCAUAUUGGUGUGGACUGGAGAAAGAAAUGUUGUUGCCAUUCUUCAUUAAACGCUGCAGUCACCUCUGAUAAAUCUGUAGCUUUGGGGAUCCUAUUGAAAGCACCCAGCUGCAAAACUUUGCAAGAGAUUAGUGACUGUUGAGUGACGUUGUUUUGCAUGUCCAAAGGCAUAACUUAGAAACUGCUGUGUGUACAUUCGUGAUGAAUGUUUGAAAUGAAUGUUGUUCACUGAAGAACGACCUACUUUAAUGUAGAUUUUAACCUGUUGAAUAUGUAAUUAGCAUUUAUUCAUCAAAGUUGCAAAUAGUAGUUUCUGGAUUCAUAUCUCCACUUUUCUUUCGGAUUUUUGUCAAGUGUAUAAAUAUGAAGAUUUUCCUGUUCUGUGCAAUCGGUUGGGACAGAUGUGUUUUUAAACGCUGCUAAUAAUCAGACUUGCAUUGAACAGGAACGCCUGUAUCAGUACUGAUUAUGUCAGAGCCAAAUUGGAGUUUCUUUACAUUUUCAAAAAAAUUAGCGUGCACCUGGACCUUUGCUUGUAUUGAAUGAGUGGGUGUUUGACUCUUUUGAGUACUUCUGAACAACUUGCAUAGCUUGAAAAUGUGACCUUGCUAUGAAUGUGGAAAAUUUGAAGUGUGCUUUAAUGGACAUAAUAAGAGCCCUGGAGACUGGAACCAUGAAUUGAUAAUCAAUGUUAGAUAAUUCAGAGAAGCAGAAAUGCUAGAUAUCCAAACCAAUUUUAUUUUUUGUUAAACUCUUACAAGUGUAUUUAUAAAAUUACAACAAGGAGCAUUGGGUUUGUUUUUGAGAGUUGAUAUUUUUUAAAGUUCAAUCCGUGAUAUUUCUCAUGUUAGUGUGUGCAACUCCUUUCUUAUUCAGCAGCACGUUCAGGUUAGUGCCAGUCAUGUUUACAAAAUAUUGCCUGUGUCAUUUGUGGUCACUUUGAAAUGUACAUCAGUACAAUCUCUUAAUGCUGGAGUAGCAGCGAUGAGCUAUUGGCUAGACCAAGGUCAGGCCAGAUAAGGAUCUGUAGUGAAGAACUACUUUCAGUGUGUUAAAUGUUUGUAAUAAUUAUGCAAAGAGGGAAUAAAUUCUAAAUAAACAAUUUGAUUUAAUAAUCCUCCA